AUGUGGACGGAUUUAAGGACACUGCUACUUUUACAUCUGUUCAUCCUCAGGCUGCAGCUAACGGCAGCCUCGGAUGAGUGUGAGGAUGGACAGUUCCAGUGCAACAACAAAAGGUGUAUACCGACCAUCUGGAGGUGCGACGACGAUGACGACUGCUCCGACAACAGUGAUGAAGAAAACUGUCCCAGGAAAACCUGUGCCCCUGCAGAGUUCGCCUGUUUAAACGGCCAGUGCGUCCCGGGACGCUGGCGCUGCGACGGGGAACCAGAGUGUCCCGACGGCUCUGAUGAGGCAGAGGAGACCUGCAGCAAACAGACGUGCCCUCCGGAGAAAUUUGACUGUGGAGGAUCCACCAACAAGUGUGUCUCGUUGUCAUGGAGAUGUGACGGGGAGAAGGACUGCGAGAACGGGGCGGACGAGGAGGACUGUGCUUCUGAUGCCAAGGCCUGCCCCAGCGGCGAGUUCAUGUGCUCCAACCGCAAGUGCUUGGCCACCGUCUACGUGUGUGACGGGGACGACGACUGCGGAGAUGGCAGCGACGAGCUCAAGUGCCUCUCCCCUCUCACCUGCGGGCCCAACCACCUGCGCUGUAACACCUCGGAGUGCGUGCCGCUCAUGUGGAGCUGCGAUGGAGACCCCGACUGCUCCGACAGCUCGGAUGAGGGGCCCGAGCGCUGCGGGGGGGACGGCGCUCCGUACCUGAACAACCGCCGGGCAAACUGCACCGCCGGAGAGUUCCGCUGCGCCAACGGGGAGUGUGUGCGACUGACGUGGAAAUGCGACGGAGAUCCAGACUGCAAGGACAAAUCGGACGAGUCUGAUUGUCCCCUGUUGACGUGUCGUCCGGAUGAGUUCCAGUGCGGCGACGGCUCCUGCAUCCACGGGACCAAGCAGUGUAACAAGGUCCAUGACUGUCCCGACCAAAGUGAUGAAUCCGGUUGUGUCAACGCCACCAGGUGUGAGGGGCCGCUGAAGUUCCUGUGCAAGAACGGCGAGUGCAUUGACAGCUCCAAGGUGUGUGACUCUCUCAAGGACUGCAAGGACCGAUCAGACGAGCCCAAGAAAGAGUGUGGCCUGAAUGAGUGUAUGAUCAACAACGGCGGCUGCUCGCAUGUCUGCGUGGACCGACCAAUCGGAUUUGAGUGCCAGUGCCCCACGGGUUACCAGCUGCUGGACAAAAAGACCUGUGGAGACAUCGAUGAGUGUGAGUUCCCUGAUGCCUGCAGCCAGAUCUGCAUCAACUACAAGGGGGAUUUCAAGUGUGAAUGCCACGAAGGUUAUGAGAUGGACCCCGUCACUAAGACCUGCAAGGCAGAGGGGAAAAGCCCGUACCUCCUGUUCACCAACCGACAUGAGAUCCGACGCAUUGACCCGGUGAAGAGAGACUACAGCCAGGUGGUGUCCACGCAGAAGAACGCAGUGGCUCUGGACCUGGACGUGGCCAAUAACCGGGUUUUCUGGUGCGAUCGCUUUUACCGGAGAAUCUACAGUGCCUUCAUCCAUGAGGCCAGCGACCCCUCCCAGCAGGUGCCGCUGGUGGACUCAGCCCUGCAGACCCCUGUGGGCCUGGCUCUGGACUGGCUCCAACACAACCUGUACUGGGCCGACUCCGGAGACAAAUCCAUCUCUGUGGCCUCCGUGGACGGCACCAAGAGACGCGUCCUCAUCAACUCCGACCUCAGUGAGCCCCGAGCCAUGGCCCUGGAUCCCCAUCAUGGCUUUAUGUACUGGUCAGACUGGGGCACUCGAGCGAAGAUAGAGAAAGCCGGGAUGAAUGGUGUGGACCGACAGGUGCUGGUGGCUGAUAACAUUGAAUGGCCCAAUGGCAUCACUCUAGACAUGGCCAACAGGCGUCUCUACUGGGUGGACUCAAAGCUACACCUCAUAGCCAGCGUGGACCUGAACGGAGCUCACCGCAGAACACACAUGUCAUCUGCAGAGAGACUGGGACAUCCCUACGCUCUGGCUGUUUUUGAGGACCGGAUCUACUGGACAGACAGAGACAGAGCAGCAGUCUUCAUGGCCAACAGGCUGACAGGGCAAGACGUCCACACGCUGGCUGAAAACCUCAACGACCCCCACGACAUUGUGGUCUUCCAUCAACUGCGGCAGCCGCAAGGCCCUGACAGCUGUAAUCUGGGCAGCGUGGCCAAUGGCGGCUGCGACUACUUGUGUCUUAAGGCUCCGCAGAUAACCGAGCACUCGCCCAAAUACACCUGCGCCUGCCCCGACGGACAGGUCCUGGGGCCGGACAUGAGGGGCUGCGUGCCAGCGCCAAGAAACAACAUGACGCUGACGUCCACACCUCCCACUGGUCUUAUACCUCGCACUGGUGCCACUGUCGAUGGAGACUCGCCUCCACCAUCAGGGGGAAUAUCGCAGGCCGACGCCACCCCCCACCUGACCACCGCUCCGUCUGGCGCCCCGGACCCCCUCACACCCUCCUCCACGCUCAAGCCUGUGUCGUCGCAGGAGUCCAAGGCGCUGGGCUCCCACUCCACCGCCACCGCCAUGGUCAUCUCCACCACGCCUGCAGGGGGGGACAGCAGCGUGUCACAGCACUCUGGAGGUGACCAUUUCCUCCUGGGCGAGAACCUGACAGUAGCUGUUCUGGGAGUGGUCAUCCCCAUCGUUCCUAUCGUUGCCACAGUGGUGUUCGGCCUGGUCUGUGCCGGAGUCUACCUGGUGUGGCGGAACUGGCGGCGCAACUCCACCAAGAGCAUGAACUUCGACAACCCGGUCUACCGCAAGACCACCGGCGAGGGCGAGGAGGACGAGAUCCACAUCGGCCGGACCGACGGGAUGGGGCACCACACGCACCACCACCCGUACCCGCAGGGCGUCAGCAUGGGAGUGGUGGGAGCAGGAGGUGGGACCUGCCCGCAGUUCAUCGCGCUGCCCCUCGGGGGCAGCAUGCCCGAUCCGGGGACUCACUGGUACACGGAGCAGCCGAUGCUCUCCACCGCAAAGUGA